UUUAUAUUAUUAAGUAAUAUAAUAAUUAAAUACGGUAUUAAUAAUAAAGAUCUAUAUAACUUUAAUAAGAUUAGCUUUAUAAUAGGUAUUAUUACCGGUUUAAUAAUCGUUAUAUAUCUUAAUAAAUAUAGAAAAAUAAAAUCCGUCUAG